CAAAAUUUUAAGGGUAUAUACGGAAGGCUAUUUUGGCACUCCAAAUUUGUAAUCUUCCUCCGGCAUAUCUUUCCCAAAUUUUCAAUCUGCCCAGCUUAUACGCUGACCCGUUUGUUUACUUGAAUAGGAACCAGUAGAAUUCUACUUGUAUAUGGUUUACUCUCUCCGCCGCCGUGUCGGUUCAGCUACACCCGGGACGGUGGCUCCGAUGAAGCUUGAACAAGACGUGCCAUUGGAAGUUGUGCCUUCGCUAGCAAACUAUACGGCUCAACCACUUGCCUCGGGCGUGGGCGUGGAUGAUCUUGGUCGAGCAAACGUGGAACUUAGCGGGACAUCGGCGAUUGGCGAGUCGUCUGGCGUUAGGAUUGGUGAUAACACGAGAGUUGUUGUGUACAGCAGGAGUAAGAGGUUAAAGACGGCCGCUGAGCCUGAUACAGGACCCGGAUUAUCUGGUCCACCAAUAGGUAUAAGUGAAUGCAGUAGUUGGAUGAGGUCUGGCGGUAAACAUGUCAAAUCUAGUUGGUUGAAUGGAUAUUUGGAUGGUAAAGUCGCGAUCUUGGGCCAGUCUUUAGUGGUGGCUUCUGAUGGUUAUGGAGAGUGCAAUGCUCAGGCAAGGGGUGACGGUGAAGCUAAGAAUAUGGUGGGAAAUAAGGGAAAAUUGGAAAGAUCUUUCAAUGGACAAUGUGAGAAGAAGAGUGAUAUGGUAAAAGUGAAAGUAAAAAAAGAGUCCAAGCUACUGGGAAAGAAUGGCGCCAGCAAAGUACUGCAAAAGCGUUUCACUAGGUCGUCAUUAAAGCUGAAGGUAGAAGUGGCUUCGGAAAUUGAAAGCAUAGACUGCAAAAGGAUUACUGAUACUGAGGUUUUGAAAGCCAAUGGAGACAAGGGCGGUGGAGUCACUGCCUUGGAUACUGGUACAGAGAGGCUAGAGAAGAGAAAUUCUAAGAAGAUCCUUCUAAAACGAAGACCAAGUACUGUUAGAGAGCUGCUUGAGACAGGCUUGCUGGAAGGAUACCCCGUCUUUUACAAGGGAGUUCUGCUGCGCGGAAUAAUCAAAGGUGUUGGAAUUUUGUGCUCUUGUGAGAUGUGCAAUGGAUCCAUAGUUGUUCCUCCUUCUAAGUUUGAGGUUCAUGCAUGUAAGUCAUAUAAGAAGGCAUCAUCACAUAUCUGCCUUGAAAAUGGGAAGAGCCUCCAUGAUGUUGUGAAGGAAUGCAGGAAAUAUGCAUUAAAGACAUUAGAUGAAAUUGUUCGGAGUUUUAUAGGGCCACCUCCUGUACUGGAAACAUCUGUCUGCCAGAACUGCAAGGGGCCAUUCCUUGCAACAUCUGCCGCAAAACAUGUACUAUGUGAUUUGUGCUUGGCUGUUACAAGAUCAGAAGCUGAAGAGGGGACCUCUGAACCAGUUGAUGAAUUAAAUUCAUCUGCAAGCAUCAAAACUGCAGAUUCUUCUGUCAUUAGCAGUACUAAUCCGAGGAAAAAGAGAAAGGCAUCAGAACCAGAAAGUGCUUCUAAUAAACACGGACCAUUUAAAAUGAAGACGGAAGGAGGGAUUUUGAAAAAAUUUUCCCAAUCCAAUUCUGUUAUGAAGCAUGCAAAAAGUUCUACAGCACAUACUCCUGUUCAAACCAAGGACAAGACGAAAAUUACAAAAAAGGCUCAAAAGAUACAUUGUAUAGUCUUUGAGGAGGGCGGUCUGCCUGAUGGAACUGAAUUAAGCUACUAUUCUAAUGGAAAGAGGUUGGUUGGUGGUUAUAAAAAUGGAUCUGGAAUAUUCUGCAAAUGUUGCAACACUCAGGUCAGUCCAUCACAGUUUGAAGCUCAUGCUGGUUGCGCGUCUCGAAAGAAACCCUACAUGUAUAUUUACACUUCUAAUGGAGUGUCUCUCCACGAAUUCGCUAUAUCUCUAUUAAAAGGCCGGAAUAGCUCAGUUAACGACAGCGAUGACUUGUGCAUUGUAUGUGCUGAUGGUGGGAAUCUUGUGCUUUGUGAUGGGUGCCCAAGGUCCUUCCAUAAAGAAUGCGCGCACUUGGAUAGUGUCCCUAGUGGUAAAUGGUUUUGCAAAUACUGUGAGAAUUUGUUCAAGAAACAGAAGUUCGUGCAGUACAAUGAUAAUGCUUUAGCAGCUGGAAGGGUCUCUGGUAUUGAUUCAAUAGAGCAGAUAACAAAACGCUGCAUUCGUAUAGUAAAAAACCCAGAAGAAGUUGAUGUGAUUGCUUGUGUAAUAUGCAGAGGUUAUGAUUAUAGCUGCUCUGGUUUUGGUCCACGCACAGUUAUACUGUGCGAUCAGUGUGAGAAGGAGUAUCACAUUGGUUGCUUGAAACAACAUAAGAUGGCUGAUCUUAAGGAAUUACCCAAAGGGAAAUGGUUCUGUUGCAGUGAUUGCAAAAGGAUAUAUUCGGUACUACAAAAUUUGCUAAGCUCUAGAGAAGAGAAAUUGCCGAACACGUGCUUAGAUACAGUAAGAGCAAAGGGAAUGGGAAAAGGUGUUCAAUCUAUUGGUGAUAUUGAUGUAAGAUGGAGGCUUCUAAGUGGAAAAAUUGCUUCUCCUGAGGUCAGGGCUCUGCUUGCAGAAGCUGUUACAAUUUUCCAUGACUGCUUCGAUCCUAUUGUUGAUUCCGUAUCAGGGCGUGAUUUCAUCCCAUCUAUGGUUUAUGGCCGAAGGAACAUUAGAGGGCAAGACUUUGGAGGCAUGCACUGUGCAGUAUUGACUCUAAACUCAACUGUAGUAUCAGCUGCCACCCUUCGAAUUUUUGGUCAAGAUGCUGCAGAAAUCCCUCUUGUGGCAACUCGAAUUGGUAACCAGGGGAAGGGUUACUUUCAACUCCUGUUUUCCUGUAUAGAGAAGUUGCUUGCUUUUUUGAAUGUGAAAACCUGUGUCCUUCCAGCCGCCUAUGAUGCUAUAUCGAUAUGGACAAAUAAAUUUGGGUUCAAGCAGAUGCCAGCAGACCACCUUGAGGAAUACAGAAAGACUUGCUGGCAGAUGGUUACCUUUAAAGGAUCGUCUAUGCUAGAAAAAAGGGUACCCCAAUGUAGAAUUAUUCGCCCAGAGGCCUCAAACGCUGCGGUGCAGAAACCAAGUACAGUAGUGGAUGAGCUAUAAGUCUUUCUGUGCUAUAGUUUUUUCUUUUUUGAAUUAUAUCAGAUACUUUGUUAUUAUUAUUGUAUUAUUAUUAUCGAUGAGCGUGGUGAUAGUAACUGUUGAUAUCGAGUCUUCGGAGAAUUUAAAAUUAGAAGUACCGGGAAGUGUGUACAUUAGAACAAGAUAUCCGUUUUUCUGCCUUUUAUUCAUGCUUUGUUCAUAGUUAUCAACUUUAUCCUCAUGUAAAUCUUUAACCUCCGGGGCCCACAUGCUCAUUUGAUU